AGUGAAUAUUAGAAGUGUUAGUUUAACCAAGCUGAAAUUGAUUUUCCAAGAGACAUUUUGAGUAGCUUUCUGUAUUAUUAUAGGUUUCCAAUCCACAUUCUGCAAUGUUCAAAAUCACCAUCAGCACUCUUUUCAUCAUUAUCAUCGCAAUUUCCUUUUCUCAUUCUGCGGAGUACUCUAAAUUAAUUUCAGAGACUAAGGAUUCAUCCUUCAAACCCAUGAAGCCAACACAAGAAAGUGAGCCCCAGGUCAUCACAGAAAAGAUGUCAGGAUCGAUUGAAACUUUAGACAGAGGAAUCUAUGCCCCAGUAAGUGAUGAAAAGGGUGUUUCAAUGCAAGAAGUGACAGUCGGUUCAUUUGACAAGAAUCCAACUAAUCUGAGACUUCUGAACGAUGAUGUUUCUAUGCCGAAACCACCUCGCGCAAGGAUACUCAGAGGAAGAAAAGUUUAUCCUGGACAGUUUGCUGAUAAGAGAAAAAACAAGAAUUGGAAAUACUGGCCAGAAUACGUGAAAAGUGGCGUCUCUCCUAGCGAUUCAAAGGUAGCUUGGAGUUACUGGGAGGCAGAUGAUAGCGAGUAUUUUCCGGGAUGGGAAGAGGAUGAAGCAGAUGACAGCAAACCUAUGACUAAAGCACCCACUACAACAACCCCAACAACUACUACGACCACUACAACGACGACUACCACAACACCAGCACCUACAACCACCACGACCACAACCACGAAGAAACCCAAAGAGAAAGGUCCUGUUUCAAUCCAUAAGCAUUUCCACUAUUUCAAGAAGGCCGCUCCAUGGAAAGGCGACAAAGGCAUGCCUACAACCAGUAUGCCCAUGCCUAUGCCCAUGCCCAUGCCAAUGCCAAUGCCAAUGCCUAUGCCUAUGCCAAUGCCCAUGGAAGAGAUGAAGGUGCCGGACGAAAUGAUGAUGGAAAUGAUGAAAGCCAUGAUGAUGAUGCCUCCCGAACCAGAAAAGAAAGGUGGACUUUCCAGUAUCUUCUCAAAACUGGCUCAUGUCGAUCCCAUCACAGUCUUAGUAGCUGGCAUAGUGCCUGCUAGCCUUAUUCUGGCUGCUGCCCUUCCAUCGGUCAUGCACAAGAUGAUGGCUAUGAAAGGAGAUCCAGCAACCAGUGCCAUGGUUCCUAUGAUUUCAACUACAGCAGUUGGAUCACCGGAUGCACCAGGGGCGCGUUCCGAAAGGGCUUCAGAUUCGAUGUCCUCGUUCAUCGAGGCCAUUGGAGAGUUUGGUAUGAAGGCCUUGGAGAAGCCACAAUGUGCAAGGAAGAUGUUUUGCGAAUUAGCUGUGGACAACAUAGUUGGCGAUUCUCCAGUUAUACAAAAAGCUGUACAUUUGGCUGCAUUGGCGAUGGAAGACUCCUGGCUUGAACAUUUGGGGGUGCGCGGAAUAAUCAAUUCUCUCAAUGAUGGAACAUGUCAACAGGUAGAUUGCGAUCAAGAUACCGAUGAGAACAAUUUCAUUCCUACCUGAGAAGUUAGUUAUCCCUGCUUCAAAAAUCUAGCCAAAGCUUGCAGAAACAUCUCAUUAUUAUUUAAGAUAACCCUUUUUUC